AUGCCAGUUAGAUUCUAUUGCUGUUAUCUUCUCCAGUCCACUCCAAAACCAACUAGUUUCUACAUAGGAUCAACGCCUGAUCCAUUUCGUCGCCUUCGCCAGCACAAUGGUGAACUCACUCAAGGUGCCUACAAAACAAGCUCAGCCGCCAAAAGACCGUGGAAGAUGAUAUGUUGUAUCUCAGGAUUCCAAUCACAAGUGGCUGCUUUGCAAUUUGAACAUGCUUGGCAGCAUCCUUACCAAACAAGACAUAUUCCUAAAGAAAACCGUAUUGUCAACAGUAGAAGUCAGAUGUACAGAAGCUUGGAUAAAUACAUUGGAAACCUACGGCUGCUAGCCUCUGCAGAUGCGUUUUCAAGAAUGCCCUUGACAGUUCAUCUUUUAGAGGAAGUAGCCCUAAUGGCAUGGAUGAAAAACAAGUUCAAGAUAGCCAUUCCUGAAUAUGUCCAUGUCGAAGAAGAUAUCCGCCCAAAUAUAGGCCGACAGGAUGAUGAUUUACCGCCAAUUGGAGGAGGGAAGUUAAAGUUAUAUACCACACAAUAUUCAGUGUCAAAACUGAGCGAGCUGUAUUGUAAUUAUAAAAAAGAGGAUCAGCAAGGUGCCGUUUGUCCCAGCUGUCAUUUCGAAGUUGAUCUUACCAAGUUCGCAAGUACGCUCUUAGAAAACUGUCAGGAUCAGGUAAUUCCUCGAUCUGGAUCUUGUCCCUCGUGCCAGAAACCCAUAGAAUGGAGCGUUAUCGCACAUUUUGCCAAGGUUUCUUAA